CAGUCAUUCGUUGUUAUUGUCAAUCCCGGUGAGAAUCUCAGUUUCAGGGCUUUCGUUUACCUUCGUGAUAACUAUUUGGUAGUCAGAUCGGAUUUUCUUCUUGCCUUCUAAUAAGAAUGCCAGUUCAAAACAACAUGCCACCGCCAGCGGGUUACGGACUGGGGAACGCCAUCUGUGCGGUUUGUCAAGAGAGUUUUGGGGUUGACGAGCGAAUGGUAAAUUCCAAUGGUCAAAUUCUACACGAGCGCUGUUUUGUUUGUGUGCAAUGCUUUCAGCCUUUUCCUGAUGGCUUGUUUUAUGAGUAUGAUGAGCGAAGAUAUUGUGAAGAAGACUUCCAGACUUUGUUUGCUCCUUGUUGCAAACAGUGUGGUAAAUUUGUGGUUGGGCGUGUUAUUAAGGCUAUGCAAGCUAACUGGCAUCCUGAUUGCUUCCGUUGUGAAAUCUGUAAUGAUGGACUGGCAGACUCUGGGUUUGUCAAAAACGCAGGCAGGGCACUGUGCAAGAAAUGCAAUGCAGAUGAAAAGACUAAAAAAACGGGACGAUACGUGUGCCGCAAGUGUCAUACUUACAUUCCUGAAGGACAGCAUUUGAUGUACAUGGGUGAGCCUGUGCAUCCUUGGCAUUACAACUGCUUCUCAUGCAACAAAGAGCUGGACCAUCUAUGUCGCAAGCGAGACACAGAGUUGUACUGUUUGAGAUGCCAUGACAAAAUGGGGACACCAAUCUGUGGUGCUUGUAGGCGGCCUGUUGAGGAGCGUGUGGUACAUGCCCUUGGAAAAGCAUGGCAUGUUGAGCAUUUUGUGUGUGCUAAGUGUGAGAAGCCUUUCUAUGGACAUCGUUACUAUGAAAGGAAGGGACUGGCCUACUGUGAAACUCACUACAAUGAGCUGUUUGGUGAUGUAUGCUUUGAAUGCAACAAAGCUAUUGUUGGAGAUGUGGUAAAUGCCCUUCACAAGUGCUGGUGUGUUCAGCAUUUCACUUGCAUUGGAUGCAACAUCACUUUAAAUCUCAAGAGCAAAUUUCAUGAAUUUGACAUGCAGCCACUGUGCAAGAAGUGCUAUGAAAAGAUGCCUCUUGAGCUCAAGAAGAGAUUGAAAAAAGCAGAGCAGACAGCUAGCAGAAAGUAGCAGCCUGAAAACUGAGCACUUUUAUAUCUAUCCUCCAAUAUAUUACUUUAUACUUGUCAAUAUAGUGCUAAGGAAGCUCACACCUGCUGACCACUUUCUCACACCCAGCAAAAUGAUUUGAGCUACUACAACCUUAACUCUUUAACUUCUGCCAGUGACCAAUACAGAGUUUCUCCUUACAAUAUCAACACAAUGUGAAGCAGAAAAAUGACAAGAAUAAAGAAAAGCAACAUUCAGGGGAUUAUUUGUUGAUCCAAUGUCAAGUUAUCCAAAAUAACAUAAGAGUUGUGUGAAAGAUAGCGAGGCAAACCUUUAAUGAAAUCUAAGGAGAGAAAGGGUUCACCGACUCUUGAGCAAAAAAAAUAAAAAACAUACAAAACAAAAGGAUCUCAAUUGAGUAAACACACUUUUUAUGAAAGAGACAGCAUUAAGGAUGUUGUUCAAGCUAUUUAAAAUACCUUAGCUGUGUUCAGAAAUGAUGGGUUGUCCUGAGAAAAAAAAUAAAACAAUCCGAAGCAAAAUGAAAGGAACGAAGGUGUAAUCACAAAAUAUACAAACUACUGAUUUUUGUGCAAGGGAUGGAAUUGAGGUGAAUGUUGGGUUAACUCUUAUGGAUACUUUAGUCUCACUCAGAACUUAAUAAAUGUAUGGUCAUCUUU